UCGGCGGGAGUCGUUCUUGUAGUGGUCGCUUCGUUUCAAUAAGCUAUUCUUCAAUUACGGGGAGGAGAAGCCCAGGCAAGAUGGCGGCGCCCGUGUCGCCCUUGGUUACUGGGCGCUGCUUUUUAAAGGCUGCUGCUCGACACGCCACUCUCCUAUUAACCGGCUGGGCUGAGGCCGGCGCCCCGCGGAAAGCUUACACAGUUCAGGCAGCUGAGAAAGCAGCCAGUGGCAGUCUAGGAGAUGCUAAUUCCAAAGCCUUGUUGGUGUGCAAUGGACCUUUAGAACAUUAUGAGUUUCUAAUCAAAACGGAGGAUCUGAAAAAUGACGAGCAACAGCGAAAAGUCAUACAAUGCCUGCAGAAACUACAUGAAAACCUUAAAGGAUACAAUAUCAGUCCAAAACACAUCUUAUCAAAGUUGUUUACAAGACAUAAACCUCCACAAGGACUGUAUGUCUAUGGAGAUGUUGGCACAGGAAAGACAAUGGUGAUGGACAUAUUUUAUUCCCAUAUAGAAGUAGAAAGAAAAAAGAGAGUUCAUUUUCAUGGCUUCAUGCUUGAUGUGCACAAAAGAAUACAUCGCCUUAAACAGAGUUUACCAAAGAGGAAACCUGGAUUAAUGGCUAAAUCAUAUGAUCCAAUAGCUCCAAUAGCUGCCGAAAUAAGUGAAGAGGCUUGUCUCCUGUGUUUUGAUGAAUUUCAGGUCACGGAUAUUGCUGAUGCCAUGAUUCUCAAGCAGCUUUUUGAAAACCUGUUCCAAAAUGGUGUUGUUGUUGUGGCAACAUCCAACAGGCCACCAGAAGACCUCUAUAAAAAUGGGCUCCAGAGAGCUAACUUUGUGCCAUUCAUUGCUAUACUUAAGAAAUAUUGCAGCACCAUCCAACUGGAUUCUGGAAUAGACUACAGAAAACGAGCACUACCUGCAGCGGGGAAGCUUUUCUACCUCACAAGUGAAGCUGAUGUGGAGGCUGUCAUGGAUAAGUUGUUUGAUGAGCUGGCUCAAAAACAAAAUGAUUUAACUAGACCAAGGAUUUUAAAAGUACAAGGCAGAGAGCUGAGAGUGAAUAAAGCGUGCGGAACCAUUGCAGACUUCACAUUUGAAGAGCUAUGUGACAGACCACUUGGAGCCAGUGAUUAUUUGGAAGUAGCCCAAAGUUUUGACCUAGUCUUCCUUCAUCACAUACCUCUAUUCACAAUGGCAAAAAGGACCCAAGCUCGACGUUUCAUUACUCUUGUUGAUACUUUUUAUGACAAGAAGGUGCGUAUUGUCUGCUCUGCAGCAGCUCCGCUCCAAAGCAUAUUUGUUCUAGAACACCAUGAUAGUGGACUGGACGAAAGCAGGGUGAUGAUGGAUGAUUUGGGGUUGAGCCAGGAUUCGGCUAAUGCACUUUCUAUGUUUACGGGAGAGGAGGAGAUUUUUGCCUUUCAGCGUACCAUCUCACGACUCACAGAAAUGCAGACUGAGCAGUACUGGAAAGAUGGGGACAGGAGCAAGAAACCAUUGUAGCUGAAAAGCAAAUGAAAACAAACACAAAUAGUAAUUGAGCAGAGGAAAAAUUCUAACUCAAGCAUAAAUUAUUUUUGAACAAGCACACUGACCAAUAUUGCACUUUAUUCCUCAAAACGUUUGCAUUUUUUUAAAAAUAAAAUUGUUAAAGAGUAAGGGCUUACUUACUGGAACAGUGGUGGGAAUGGAUUUGUGCCUGUUUCUUUGUGAAUGUUUUCUCCAGCCUAACAUGAAGUCUGUAGUGGCCAAAAAUCAAAAUCCCUUAAAUGAAAGAUGUAAACCAGGUACAUUAAAUGCAUGUUCUAGCACUUCUCCAUCUCCAUUCUUUUGAUUACAAAUAACGUCUAAAAUUUCACCUUGAGUAAUAUUAGUGUAAAAUAGUCAUGUACUUAUGUGCUCCUAGCAGCACAAGGGACAGCAAUGCUUGUAGGCAUUCCAAGUAACAUAGAGCCACUAACAGAUAUGCUCACAGAGCACCUGAA